GCGUCACUUCCGGGGCGGGGCCGAGCCGCGCGCGCAAAGAUGGCGACGCCCUAUGUGACGGACGAGACCGGGAGGUACAUCCCCUCCACGCAGCGGCCGGACGGGACGUGGCGGAAGCAGCGGCGGGUGAAGGAGGGAUACGUCCCCCAGGAGGAGGUGCCCGUGUACGAGAACAAAUAUGUGAAGUUUUUCCGGAGCAAACCGGAGCUGCCCCCGGGGCUGAGCCUGGACACGGCCCCGGCGCGGCCCCCCCAGGGCCCCCCCCCCGAGCAGGGGCUGUCCAAGGCCGCGCGCAGGAACCUCAAGCGCAAGGAGAAGCGGCGGCAGCAGCAGGAGAAGGCCCCGGAGCAGCCGCAGGACACGGACGGACUGAGCUCGGCACUGGAGAAGGUGUCGCUCUCGGGGACAGGAGGGGCCCCCCCGGCCCAGGGGGGCGACGGCGCCGGGAACUCGGAGCGCAGCCGCCGCAUCAAGAGCCUGCGCAAGAAGCUGCGGCAGGUGGAGGAGCUGCGGCGGCGCCUCGAGGCCGAGGGGCUCCCCCAGCCCACCCAGGAGCAGCUGGAGAAGCUGGGCCGGAGGAAAGCGCUGGAGGACGAACUCAGGGGGCUCGAGUCGGACUCGUAGG